UUUCCUCUCUGUGGGUGAGACCCAGAGCUGACUUCCUGCUGGGGCUCGGGGCUCAGGGCUCCAGCGGCCUCUCGGAACCCAGGCUGGGGAGACUGGAAGAAUUGAAUUGGAGGCCAAGCUCAGGCCCAGGCCAGGCUGGGCGGGAAAAUGGCCGGAGAGGGCAGAGAGCUCAGCACCAGGAUGUCCUCAGAAAAUCAGAACAUAGACAACAGGCCCUUCUAUGAGACUGUAUUCAGGCACUUCAAAAGACAAAAGGUGCAGAUUUCAAAUGCAAUAAAAAAGACAUUUCCUUUCUUUGAAGGCCUCCGUGACAAUGAACUCAUCACCAGUAAAAUGUAUGAAGACUGUCAAGAUUCUUGUAGGAACCUGGUCCCUGUACCAAGAGUGGUGUACAAUGUUCUCAGUGAGCUGGAGAAGACAUUUAACCUGUCGCUUCUGGAAGCUUUGUUCAGUGAGGUCAACAUGCAGGAAUAUCCUGAUUUAAAUCACAUUUAUAAAAGCUUCGAAAAUGUGAUCCAAGAGAAAAUUAAUUAUGAAGAAAGUAACGGACAAAAGAGGUCGGCCAUCCAACUGAGCCUUGAGCAAGGAACUGGCGGAGACUUUCAUCACGGCCUGACCUCUUCACAGGCAGUUCCCUUGUCUCGUGAUGGUAUGACCCCACGUGAAAAUGGACACUCGGAUCGCCUCAGUGAAAGACAGCAGAUGAAUGCGAAGAUGAAAGAUAGAACCAGCGACCAAAAUGGUGCUCUAGAAAGCCAACAAACAAAUGAACAAUGUGCCCAAGAGUCUGAACCAGCAGGAGCAAAGCCAUCCAACCAUGGACUACAAAUAAAUUCCUGUUCUGUCCGUCUAGAGGAUAUAAAGAAGGAAAAGCCAUUUUUUAACUCAGAAGUUCAACCACAAGCCCAAGCAAGGACUGACUAUAACCAGGUGUCCAAUAUAAUAGUGAUCAGCAGUGAGGACUCUGCAGAAUCCAGUGAUGGAGAUGAGUUCCCAGAACCCUCCACACCAACACCAGGAAGGGCGGCUGGGGAUCUUCCUGACCCAGAGAUCGAGCCCGAGUGUCCUCCUUGGCAGGCGGAUACUUUACUAUUGAGCCACAUGGCAAGCCAACGUAGCCCGAUUAAGAUAGAGCCCAGGAACUUCAGAAAAACAACCACAUCCAGGAAAAGGGUUUGGCAAAGAGUGACAGUGAGUGAAGACUCUUUAGAGUCCAGCGAGGACGAGGCACUCUGGGGAACAUGGAGCUCAACCCUGAGGAGUGGUCCUGAUGAGGAUCCUACAGAUAUUGGAAACACAUCGAUUCGCAGUAGAAGUAAUAGGAAAAGAUGAUGUGCAGUAGUGAUUCUUCAGACUUGAGCAACGAAGGAGAGCCUCAGGCAACAUCUAGUUCAGCCCUAAGAAAUGGGUCAGGUAAAGAAGAUUAGGAUGUCCAGCCUUGGCCUGCAGCAUGUCAGGAGUGAAAAGCCACUGUUUUGAAGACCUUUGUGUCCUGUUCAUCCAGGAACUUCCUUCAGCAUUUUAAAAAAUGGAAUAAGGCAGGAAAUUUGUGAAUUCAUAUUUAAUAGGAUAAAUCCUAUUGAUGAAAUUAUAUUUUGUAUAUUGAAAUUAUAUAGUGUAAUUAAAUAUUGCUUUUGCAGGAGAAAUAAAUAACAAGUUGAGCUGAUAGUAUCUUUUUUUAACACUGUCAACUACUAACUGGCCCUUGUCAAGAGCAUUUGACAGCGAUUGAACAACAACAAAAACAAGGACAUUUUCCCUCUGCCUCUGCAGAGACUGAACCCAAUGCUACUGCCGCUGUUAAACGUCACAUCCCCUGAGGGCGUUCAGUGUGGAGUGAGGCACUCUGUGCCCCAGAGAAUCUGGUGGGACAGGUCUUUAGAUAAUUCGAUGCUUUCAGGAACUGACUGCGUGAUCCCAAGCCUUCCAUCUCUUCAUAUCUAUGUGCUGUGCUAUGUUCAGCUGCUUCAGUAAAGUCCAACUCUUUGUGACCUCA